AUGUCUUCCAAUCAAGUCUUAAUAAAGAAAUCUAAAGAAAUCAUUGAAGCAUCAAAGCUUGAACAUCAUGAAGCUGAAAUUUCUGAAUCUUUAUGGAUUGAACAAAUUCAAAUGUAUAUUGAUAUUUGUGUAAAUAUUAAGAAUACUUUAAAUAAUCAACAAUUAAUUAAUGAUAAUCAACCUAUAUCAGCGUAUAUUUUUAUAAUUUUAGGCGGUAUUCUUGGUAAUUCUUAUACAACUUGUAAAUUACAUAGUAAUAAUCAAUUGAUUUCACUUAUUAAAGAUAUUUUCAAUAUAUAUUUAAUAAAAUUUAAUGUAAAAACAAUAAGACAGUUGUUAUUAAUUAAAAUUAAUCCAUUGUCAAAAUUGAAUACUUCAUCUAGUUUAGCUUCAGAGAUUUUAAAAUUAUCACUUGUUUAUUUAGCAAAAAAAUGUGACAAAUCAACUAAUAGUAAUGAUGAUGAAGAUUAUUCAUUAACUCAUUAUCCAUUAAUACGUGAUACAAUUGUAUGGUUAUCUAUGGAACUUGAUUAUCCUGAAAUUUCUGAACAUGAAUUUAUUUCUAUUUUACAACCAUUUGGUUUAAGAUUAACAGAGGAUUAUCGUUCAUCUAUACAAUUAGCUGGUCUUAAUGUUUUAUAUAAUUUAGCAAAUAAAGCUAGGAUUGCUGACUGGCGUCAAAGUAAUCGAGCUGAAGCAGUUAUUUCACAAUUAUUAAAUCAUAGAAUUGCUUGUAGUUCAAAUUCAUCAGAAAUAUUACUUAAUAAACUUUAUUCAACUUUACUUGUUCUAACUAAUUUAUUGAGUAAUACAAAUUCAGCUAAUUGGUAUGAAAAAAUUACUGAAAGACUCUUAUUUGAUCUUUUAAUGGAAACACGAUAUAAACGUCAAUUGGUACUACUUAAACAUUUGUCAAAAUUAAUCGAUAUUUUGAAAGCAUCUUUCUCAUUAUUUACUCGACAAUUCAUAAAAGUCACCUCAAGUAUUUUACUUGGUCCACGGAAGUUAACACGUAAUGGUAAAUCUGUCACUACUAAUGAGUCAAACGAAUAUGACACAGUCUAUGUGCUUAUGUUACAAUGCGUCAAUGAAUUUGUAAAAUCUUGUUGGCCACUAAUUUGUCCUACAUUGUUACCAGAUAUUAUUCCUCCACUGAUUGCAUUUAUCGAUCUGUUAUCUUGGGAUAAUAAAGGUGAAAUUGAAGAGAAUGAGACAUAUUCCCUCUUAAAAAGCUUAUUUGGAUCUCUUAUAAUAUUAGAACCACCUCUUUUAAAUGAUGUUCUACAGCCUUUGUGUGAUAUAAUUCCUCAUCUAAAGUUGUACCUUCCUUCUUAA